AUGAGCGCGCCUCUGUCCAAGGAGCUGCAGAGCAAGUACAAUGUGCGUAGCAUGCCCAUCCGCAAGGAGGACGAAGUCAUGAUCGUGCGUGGCUCGCAGAAGUCCCGUGAGGGCCGUGUGACUGCUGUGUACCGCAAGAAGUUCGUUAUUCACGUCGAGCGUGUCGUGCGCGAGAAGGCGAACGGCGCGUCGGUGCCCAUUGGCGUUGACGCUUCCAAGGUAGUCAUCACUAAGCUGAAGCUCGACAAGGACCGCAAGAAGAUCUUGGAGCGCAAGAACCGUGCUGUGAGCGAGACGGAGAAGGGCAAGUUCACCGAGCAGGACGUUGCUAUGGCCACCGUCGACUAA